UGUUCUCACUGCAGGGGUAGGACCCAUAAAGGAGCUGCUCUGCUACCCCAGCUUGUUGAGUCAAACCGGAUUUUGCUGGGAUGCCUACUGGGGUCAAGACAUGAACAUUCACUGGAGCAACUGUUAUGAAUCUAAACAACUUAACUGCCUAUUUGCUAAUUAUAGUAUUUCCCCUACCCAUCUAAACUGAUGGACUAAAUUAGAACCAAGGAUUAGAAAUGCCCAGUUCAACCUGCAAAAUCUGACAUUUUUCCCGUAAGGAUUCCCAAACCAAUCUCUUGGACUCACCCCUUCAGUUGUCGAGAACUUUCUGCUUAGGAGACACCGACAGGCUGAGUUGGGUAGUCAGGGUCCUUCAGAUAGAAUUUUUGAGGCAAUAGUGUUUCAAAACAAUGCCAGUGCAGACUCUUGAAGGCCAAGAUAUGGACUGGGUGACCUUCUAGAUCUCUCUAAAGGCCCUCUGACCCUCACGUGGAGGGAAGAGUGUCCUCUGAGCCCAGCCCCUGGGUCUAGGCCUGCUACUGCCCUUACGGUGGCUCUCGGUCCCAUGGCCCUGAGCCAGGAGCCCGCCCAGAGCCCCUCAAAGGCAGCUGUGUUCUCAGGCCUGGUGUGCGGCCAGGGGAAGUUGGUCCAGUUAGGCUGUGGCCUUGCCUCCAGACGCUCGUGGUCAGGUUUGAUGGCCAGGCCUCCCAGCGGGCACUCCAGCCAGGGAGGGAGGGCCGGGAGAGCAGCCCACUGUGCUGGGCGCGGUGACUCAGAGUUACCUGUUCUAGGGCUCCCUGCCAACUCUGCAGACGGGGCCUGAGGGGACAUGUUUUUUGCUCCUAAGCUUUCCUUGGGUGCAUUGGGCUUUGACCCCUUCCUGAUGAACUGCCUUUUAAGGGUCCUCCAAGUUUCCCCCCAGAUAGGGAUUUUCCACUUUGUUUGUUUUCCCUUGAGGGUGUGGUCUGGUCCUCUCCAGGACCCUGGCUGUGUGGGUCUUGUCCUCUUCCAGCCCAGUGACUGGGAUGAUGACACCCUAUAUGAUCUUCAUGGCCUCUGCUUGGUCCUCUCGGGGGUCCUGAACACAAGGGCGCUGACCCUCGUGGGGCUUGGGAAAGUGCCGAGUACAGCACUUGCCACAAAUGCAAGUGCCCUUCUCCGCCCAGGAAUGCUGGUCUCAAAUGAGCACUAACAUUUGCCUGGUGCUUUCUGUUUGCAGUGUCCCCCUCUAUUCCCCACAGGCACCCCCAGGCAGCCAAGCUUGCUGUGAGGCCUCUGGGACCGGCCCACUUGUCCAGUCCUGUCCCUGGGUGGGUGGGAGGUGGUAGUGACGGCAGAUGGGCGUGCCGCCCGCCAGAUUCCUGCGGCCUGCCCUGCAGUGGGCUACGCCCAGCCGGGGAGUCUCCGGAGGUGAGGCUGUCGUUGAAAACCCGAGAGCCAGGAGGGGAGACCCCCACAUUCAAGGGGCGCUCUAGGAGACGCAAUCUGGAGAAAGAACAGCAACGGCACGGAGCAAGGUGAGCAACCCCCUGGCUGAAGAUGAGGCCGCUCCUUCUCCUGUGGUUUGUCUUGCCCAGACUCCCGUGGGCCCAGCCAUCCUGCUCCCGUGGGGCCUGCUAUCCACCUGUUGGGGACCUGCUCAUCGGGAGGACCCAGUUUCUCCGAGCUUCAUCCACCUGUGGCCUGACCAAGCCUGAGACCUACUGCACCCAGUACGGCGAGUGGCAGAUGAAAUGCUGCAAAUGUGACUCCAGGUUGCCUCACAAUUACAACAGUCACCGAGUGGAGAAUGUGGCUUCGUCCUCAGGCCCUAUGCGCUGGUGGCAGUCACAGAAUGAUGUGAACCCUGUCUCUCUGCAGCUGGACCUGGACAGGAGACUCCAGCUUCAAGACAUCAUGAUGGAUUUUAAGGGGCCCAUGCCUGCUGGAAUGCUGAUUGAACGCUCCUCGGACUUUGGCAAGACCUGGCAGGUGUACCAGUACCUGGCUACUGACUGCACCUCCACCUUUCCCUGGGUCCACCAGGGCCAGCCUCAGAGCUGGCAGGAUGUCCGGUGCCAGUCCCUGCCCCAGAGGCCCAGUGGGCACCUAGAUGGGGGGAAGGUCCAGCUUAACCUAAUGGACUUAGCAUCUGGGAUUCCAGCAACUCAAAGCCAAAAAAUUCAAGAGCUGGGGACGAUCACAAACUUGAGAGUCAACUUCACCAGGCUGGCCCCUGUACCCCAAAGAGGCUACCAUCCCCCCAGCGCCUACUAUGCCGUGUCCCAGCUACGUCUGCCGGGGACCUGCUUCUGCUACGGCCACGCUGACCGCUGCGCCCCCAAGCCCGGAGCCCCUGCCGACCCAUCCUCCGUGGUGCAGGUCCAUGAUGUCUGCGUCUGCCAGCACAACACUGCUGGCCCCAAUUGUGAACGCUGUGCUCCCUUCUACAACAAUCAGCCCUGGAGACCUGCAGAUGACCGAGACCCCCACGAAUGCCAAAGGUGUGACUGCAACGGGCACUCAGAGACAUGUCACUUUGACCCAGCUGUGUUUGCUGCCAGCCAGGGUGCACAUGGAGGUGUGUGUGACAACUGCCGGGACUACACUGAGGGCAGGAACUGUGAGCGGUGUCAGCUGCACUACUUCCGGAACCGGCGUCCUGGUGUUCCCGUUCAGGAGACCUGUAUCCCCUGUGAAUGUGAUCCGGAUGGGGCUGUGCCGGGAGCUCCUUGUGACCCAGUGACCGGGCAGUGCAUGUGCAAGGAGCAUGUGCAGGGGGAGCGCUGUGACCUAUGCAAGCCGGGCUUUACAGGGCUCACCCACACCAACCCAAAGGGCUGCCACCGCUGUGACUGCAGCGUCAUGGGGUCCCGGCCGGACAUGCCAUGCGAUGAGGAGAGUGGGCGCUGCCUGUGUCUGCCCCACGUGGUGGGCCCCAAAUGUGACCAGUGUGCUCCCCACCACUGGAAGCUGGCCAGCGGCCGGGGCUGCGAGCCGUGUGCCUGCGACCCGCACAAUGCCCUCAGCCCCCAGUGCAACCAGUUCACAGGGCAGUGCCCCUGCCGGGAAGGGUUUGGUGGCCUGACAUGCAGUGCUGCGGCCAUCCGCCAGUGUCCAGACAGGACCUAUGGAGACGCAGCCACUGGGUGCCAAGCCUGUGACUGUGACUUCCGGGGAACACAAGGCCCAGGCUGUGACAAGGGCUCGGGCCGCUGCCUCUGCCGCCCCGGCUUGACCGGACUUCGCUGUGACCAAUGCCAGCGAGGCUUCUGCGACCACUACCCAGUGUGCGUGGCCUGCCACCCUUGCUUCCAGACCUAUGAUACUGCCCUCCAGGAGCAGGCCAAACAUCUCAGUAGCCUCCGCAAUGCCAGCGCUAGCCUGUGGCCUGGGCCGGGCCUGGACGACCGCAGCCUGGCCUCCCGGAUCCUGGAUGCAAAGAGCAAGGUUGAGCAGAUCCAAGCAGUCCUUGGCAGCGCCGCGGUCCCGGAGCAGGAGGUGGCCCAGUUGGCCAAUGCCAUCUUCUCCAUUGGGCGGAGUCUCCAGGGCCUGCAGCCCGAUCUGACCCUAGAGGAGAUCUUGUCCCUCCCGGAAGACCUGGCCAGUGUGGAUAGAAGCUUCAGUCACCUCCUCGUCUUGUAUCGGAGCAAGAGGAAGCAGUCGGAAGAAGUCAGCAGCGCCGAUCUUGCUGGGGCCUCCCAGAUACUGACUGCGGCCUACCAGCGGUCACUGCAGGCGGCUCGGCAGGUCUCCAAUAGCUCCCGCCUGCUGCUCCAGCUCAGGGGCAGCCGGAGGGAGGCGGAGAGGCAGGCGACACAGGCCGGCGGAGGAGCAGGAGCUGUGGGCCCCCCGCUCGAGGCCCUGCAGCUGGAGAUGGCUUCCUUGCCUGAUCUGACCCCCACCAUCAACAAGCUCUGUGGGGGCUCCCGGCAGGCAGCCUGCACCCCAGAAGGGUGCCCUGGAGAGCUGUGUCCCCGAGACAACAUCACGGCCUGUGGCUCCCACUGCAUAGGUGCCCUCCCCAGGGCAGGUGGGGCCUUCCGGGUGGCAGGGCAGGUGGCCAAGCAGCUGCAGGGCUUCAACGUCCAGCUCCAGCAGACCAGGCAGAUGAUCAGGGCUGCCGAGGAAGUCGCCCUGCAGGUGCAGUCCGAUGCUCAGCGCCUGGAGACCCAGGUGAGCACCAGCCACUCCCAGAUGGAGGAAGACCUGAGACGCAUGAGGUACCUCCUCCAGCAGGUCCGGGACUUCCUCUCCGACCCUGACACAGAUGCGGCCACCAUCCAGGAGGUCAGCGAGGCUGUGCUGGCCCUGUGGCUGCCCACAGACUCUGCCACGGUCCUGAAGAAGAUGAGUGAGAUCCAGGCCAUUGCAGCCAGGCUCCCCAAUGUGGACCUGGUGCUGUCCCAGACCAAGCAGGACAUCGCCCGGGCUCGCAGGCUCCAGGAUGAGGCCGAGAAGGCCAGGAGCCGAGCCCAGGCAGUGGAGGGCCAGGUGGAGGACGUGGUGGGGAACCUGCGGCAGGGCACUGUGGCGCUGCAGGAGGCCCAGGACACCAUGCAGGGCACCCGCCGUUCCCUUCAGCUUAUGCAGGACAGGGUUGCCGAGGUUCAGCAGGUGCUGGGGCCAGCAGAAAGACUGGUGAGCAGCAUGAGGGAGCAGCUGGGUGACUUCCGAGCUCGGAUGGAGGUGCUCCGGAGCCAGGCAGGGCAGCAACGAGCACAGGCAGCCCAGGCCCAGCAGCUCGCAGAGGGUGCCAGCCAGCAGGCACUGAGUGCCCAGGAGGGAUUUGAGAGAAUAAAGAAAAAAUAUGCAGAAUUGAAGGACCAGUUGGGGCAGAGCCCCAUGCUGGGUGAGCAGGGCAGCCGGAUCCUGAGCAUCAAGACGGAGGCAGAGGAACUGUUUGGGGAGACCAUGGAGAUGAUGGACAGGAUGAAAGACAUGGAGUUGGAGCUGCUCCAGGGGAGCCAGGCCAUCAUGCUUCGCUCAGCGGACCUGUCGGGGCUGGAGAAAUACGUGGAGAAGAUUCGCAACCACAUCAACGGGCGCGUGCUCUACUACGCCACCUGCAAGUGAAGCUCCGGCUCCCAGCCCCUGGCCCCACUCACCUGCCCUCUGUGCUUUUGGGGGACAGACUGGGUUGGGAUACUUUCCAGCUCCGGGCGACUUUUAUGCAGCCUAAAGCACAGCCUGGCCGACCCCUGGUGUGCACCUGUUGAGAUCGUUCUGGGCUGCAGCUGAGCCUGAGCUGAUGGGACCCAGAUGGUGGAGGCGGGCCGUGUCAUGCGGGGGAAGCUUGGCUGGGCAGUAGUGUUCCUGCCCUUCACCCUCCACUGAGGCUGACUCCUGGAUCAACACGAACUCUUAACAGAAAAUGAUAUACAAGUGAAAAGCCCAAUAAACAUCUGUGGUAAGAACCCUGGAGGUUCAAAGAGGGAAAAUGGUCUGUCUCCCCAUUAAAUAAAGCUUCGUCACUUG